GUAAUCUUUAUAUCAUACACAAUCUUGGACAUAUUCAAUCUGGAAGCUCAUCAGCUUGAAGAGAAAAUAUUUCGUUUCAAAAACAUCAACAUGUUGAUAUGCGGUCUGGCCUAUCCUCUUGUGGAUAAGGAUACGUACAGUUUGAUAUCACAUGCAAAAGACCAAGGACAUCAUGGUGCCUCUUCAUAUCACUCAGAAUCAUGGUCGAUUCUGGAUGAGAAAAUGGAAAAAGAGUUGGAUCGUAUGAACAAGGUGCUCUACUCAGUGGUCGUUUCAUCUUGUGUCACCUUGACGUUUGGACCUCUUGUGGCGGCCAUAUUGAAAUAUUACCCUGAAAUGCUAACUGGAUCUCUGCACGCAAUCAAAGUGACUGAACUCACUCUACCCAUCAACUUCUUGUACCCUGAAGAGUACGCCAAUUUAGCCACAUAUAUAUUUCUAUAUGCUUUGCAAACUUUAUAUAUGUAUUUGUUUGCCGGUUAUAUGUACUGCACUCUCACCUCUGGAUUGAUGGCUAUGAAAACGACAAUCUAUGACAUGAAAGAACUGUGCCUUACUGUGAAGGAAUGGGACCUGCACCAAAAUGGAUUUGGCAGACAGAUUCAGAGUUAUGGAGUUUCGAGCUUGUCUACAGAAUUCACUGAUACAAAACUGCUGAAGAGUUGCCUUAUCAACGUGAUUAAAACCCAUGAUCUUAUCUGUAGGAAAGCUAGUAAUCUAAACAAGAACUUGGAAAUGAUGUAUACUAUUCUCAACAAUACUAUCUGCUUUCAAAUCUGCGUGUGUUUAUAUUCUGCUUCAAAGAUGGAAGAUUUCGUUUUAAAAAUAGAGCACAUACUGCUUGUCCUCCCAAUGGCAAGUAUUUUGUUUCUAUACUGUUCCAGCGCUCAACAACUUUUGAAUGAGGGCGAGAAUUUGCGUACAGCUCUGUGGGAAAGUGCUUUUGUUGACAAGCCCAAAUGGUACAAAACAUCAUUUUUCAUGAUCAUGAUACGCAACAACAAGGAUUUGGAAAUAAAGCCAUUCGGUUUCUAUGUUCUGAACCUGAAAACGUUCGCUACGGUGAUGAAUGCUGCCUACUCCUACUUUAAUAUGCUGAACUCUCUAAAUAAAAGAAUAUGAAAAAUCACUCUUCACUGUUGCAAGAACACGAACUUAUAUAUUAUUAUUA